AUGAGAAUUAGCAAAUAUACUUCGGUGCCUUCAAAGGACAUUGAUAAUGAACAUAACGAAGGUGCUUUAAGUGAACAUGGUGAGAUUCCGGAACCUCUAUGGGUACAAGGGACGGAUUCUCCACCAGAACAUGACUCCUAUGAAACAAUGGAGGAACAUGAGAUUAUGCUUAGUAAAGAAAGAGGGGAAGACGAUACUAUAGUAGAACUAAGUGAAAAUUGGGAUGAAGAAUAUUCAAAAAAUAAGAAAAAUGAAAGAUCGAUUCUUCCGUGUCUGAUUAUUACUGCAGUUUUUAUAAUCGCAUGGGUUGGUUCAACAAUCAUAUAUGCCUAUUAUCGUUCUGGAGAUGUUGCAUCAACAAGUACUUCUUUAAAUCGUAUACAAUUUGAUGAUAUAUAUAAUGGAAGUUUUUAUCCUCACUGGACAUCAUUGAGAUGGAGCUCUGCUGGUGGUGAUGACGGUGUAUUCAUUUAUCAAGAUGAUGAUUAUAAUAUUAUUUUGGAGCAAAUAUCUGACAGAUCGAAAAAAACUUUAUUUUUCGUAUCAGCGGAUAAUCAAUAUAUAAUGUUUGGAACUAAUUUCACAAAAGGAUGGAGACACUCAUAUUCUGCAAAUUAUUAUAUUUUUAAUAUUUCUUCAAAAACCUCUUUUCCCCUAACAAAAGAAAUUGAUUCAAAUAAUCAAGCUGUAAUUUCCUAUGCUGAAUGGAGUCCCGUUGGUCAUGAUAUCGCAUUCGUCAAGGAUAAUGAUGUAUAUGUAUCGCUAGGAUUGACUGAGGAACGGCGAAUAACAUAUGAUGGUUCUGACGUCGUUUUCAAUGGCAUUCCAGAUUGGAUCUAUGAAGACGUUAUUUCUAAUAUAACUGUUUCUACAGAGGAAGUUCUUGCCUCAAAAUACGCUUUAUGGUGGUCUCCUGAUGCAAAACGCAUCGCUUAUCUUCGUUUAAACGAAAGCGAAGUGCCUGAAUACCGUUUUCCACUCUAUGUUGAUGGAAUGCACGUUGAACCAUAUGUAAGAGAGGUCGUGAUGAAAUAUCCGAAACCUGGUUAUCCAAAUCCUAUUGCUACUUUUCAUAUAUACGAUACGACAACUCCUUUGAUUUCUCAAUCGGGUGCUGUUAAUUUUAUAAAUGAUUUUCCUAGUGACGAUAAAAUAAUUACUGAAGUUUGUUGGGUUGGUAAUGAUAAUGUAUUGGUUAGAGUCAUGAAUCGUGUACAGGAUAUUGCAAGAGUUGUUUUAGUUGAUCCUGUUACUAGAAAUGGAACAACUGUUCGAGAGGAAAAUGCUGAUAAAAUGGAUGGAGGAUGGUUUGAAAUUACUAGAAGUUGGGUAUACCUCCAAAAAGGCGGUAGCAUCAGACAAGAUUCUUAUAUCGAUGUAGUUGUCAAUAAUGGAUACAAUCACCUUGCAAUUUUCUCUCCAUUAAAUUCCAGUUCACCACGAUAUCUUACCAGUGGUAAUUGGGAAGUUGUGGAUGGAGUUAAAGCUGUAGAUCGUAAACGAGAGCUUAU